GUGGUUAAGAAGAAGAAGAGACAAGAAACCGCGCAUAAUCAACAAUAUAACUACGCAAUAAAGAAAAUGAAGAAGGUACAAAAUUGAAAGAAAAGCUACACAAAAUGUUAGGGAGUAGCAGAGGAUUACGUUAUGGGUAAGUUUUUUAUUUUUUAAGGAGUUUUUUAUGCUCAUGGAGCAAGUCAUACAUCGUGAUGACACGUGGAUGCAACGUUUCCCCUUGAGGUCGAUGCGUUUGGAUUGGAAACUAAGUGGGAACGCUAUAUAAGAAGGAAAAACGCUACGUAUAAUCACAAGACAAGAAAAAGAAAGGGGCACAUUUAAGUUGAGAGUAGAAAAUCUGUUAACGCUUACACGUAAAUUAUUUAGUUGAGUUUCAGGUUUGAAGUUGGAAGUUUGGAACUGAGACAGACCGCAUUAUUUCUCUUUAUUCCAGAGCAAGACAACUAACUAAAAUAAUAAUAAUAAGUCUAAGCUAUCUAUCUCUCUCUUCAAUGGCUGCUUUUGUUGAAGAUGGAGGAGAAGUCGGUUUUGAAGAAGGAUUGCCCUGGCUUCCUUCUCAUGUUCUCGAUGAAGCAUUUUCUGAUACUCAUCAUCAUCUUCAGAGACAAGUGAAGCACAAGCAGCAUCAACAGCAACAUCCCCCUAGUUCUAAAUUGCCAGCAGAGUCACUUACUGUGCAAUCGAAAACUGGCUCUCAACCGCAUCACAAACCGAGGUAUCCCAGGGCAUACAGAGGAUCUGGAAUGCAAGCAAUUUUUCUAGAAUCUGGCCAGAAAUCUUGUGGGACUGGAGUUUUUUUACCACAUGGAGGCAGCACCAAUUUCCACCCGAGCAGAAAGCCAGCUUGCUCCCCUGUCCUUCUUCCUUCCCGAGUUGUUCAAGCCCUCAACCUCAAUGUACAUGCAAUAGGCCUGCAAAUUUCACAGCGAAAAGAUUAUAAAGCUAAUAACUGUGAUAACUCAGUCAAAGUUAAAAGUACUGGGAAUGAUGUGUCGACAAAAUGCAGUGUAAUCUUACAGCAUCAAGAGAAUUCUUCACCAGAUAUAUUUCUUCCUAAGGAAUGGACUUACUAGCUCUCAAUAAUGAACUGUGACAUUCACUGUAAAAUUCCCUAAAUGCAUAUUAAUCUCAAAUUUAAACGAAAUGCUUUUGAUUUCUAUCUAUAUCAUGCUUGAUAAUCUGUAACAUAAACAAUAAUGGCAAGAAAUCACAUUCUGGUUAAUGUUCAA